GGGGACCAAACCUUGUGCACUUGCCAACUAUAUAUACACAUUUUACUUAACCAAAUCCUCAAAGCAUUUCUCAUCAUCUCUAAAACCAAAGCCUUUUGCCAAAACUUCAUAUUUUCUCUCCCAAUAUUGCUUUUGCAGAGAAAAAAAAUCAAACAUGCAGAGACAACUAGCUAAGAUGAGGCAAUCGCUUUUUGAUCAGGGAUAUUUGGACGAACAAUUUCAUCAGCUAGAAGAGCUUCAAGACGAUGCGAAUCCCAAUUUUGUAGAAGAAAUUGUUACACUAUAUUACCGGGAUUCAGCUCGACUAAUCCAGAAUAUAGAACAAGCCUUGGAUAAAAAUCCUGUUGACUUUGCAAAGCUGGAUGGACUUAUGCACCAGUUCAAGGGCAGCAGCUCAAGCAUUGGAGCCCGAAAGGUUAAAACUGAGUCCACACAGUUCAGAGAACACUGCAGAACUGGAGAUGGUGAAGAAUGCAAGAAAACUUUCCAACAAGUUAAGAAGGAAUAUGCUGCUCUGAAAAAGAAACUGGAAACUUAUUUUCAGUAUGCAAGACAAGCUGGGCCUGUUGAGAAGGCAUGUCGCCCAAAGUAACGCUUAGUGAUGAAAUAUAUAGGCAUUUUCCUGGUUUUGUUAGAAAUGUGAGGGUGGUUUUUGCUGCACACUUGUGCUUUUGUGCUUAUGCAUAUGUAAUAUUAACC